UACAAGGAAUCGUACCAAAGAUUAGAAAAUGCUCUCCUAAAUUAAUACCCAAAUAAGAUUAAUGUGAUAGGUUAACCUUAUCCAAUAGGGGCUUAAAAGGAAUUGCUAGUCAAAUGUUUGGCAUACAUUCAAUAUGGUUCCCUGAUUGUCUUAGUGCUUUUUGACUCAAUAUUACAUUAGUCCACACAAAAUGAGGGUAGGAAUUUUAAUAUUUAUUGGAUUCAAUUUUAUUAUUUAGAAUUUGCAAUCCACAGGAGCAUUUGAAGUCACAAUAAAUGGAUAACUUGUACACUCUAAACUAGCAACUGGGUAGAUGCCAACAAUCAAUUAAAUUUCGCACUUUGUUAGUUCUUAUAUAUGA